UCCCCAAUCCAUUCGCUAUCAUCUCUUUCUCCUCUGAUAUCACCUUUCUCCCAUUCUCGCGGCAGCCGCACACCGCCACUUCCUUGCCGCAGCCGCUCAUACUUCAGGUCUGUUACGAUCUUUUUCGUAGUCAUUCUUUUAUCUAUUCAGUUCAAUCAACAUCAAAGUAGGAUCGAUUUGAAAUCAGGUCAAUUUUAAUUUGAAUUGAAUUGAAUGAGCUAUAGCAUUGUCAAAUAUUUUAGGAAUUAGAAUGCAGAAUCGUGUUUGAUCAUACAGAGAAUUUAGACAUAAUCACUUAACUAGAUUACAACUUGGUUUGCUUUGAAAUUUCGCUAUGACUUUACUUGAAGUCAUUAAGCAAUCCUCCGCCUUAUCCAAACCGCUUGUUUCCCAAUCUGACUACCCCAUUCUCCUCAAUCCAGACGAUAUUCUAAUCAGUUUGAAAUCCAAAGUUGAUGAACCAGAUCGUCUUAGUCUUGUCAAUCCCAUUGUUGGAUGGCAAAUAUCGUAAACCGAUUUUAAGGUGAUAGAGCUGGGGAAAAAGUUCCAUGAAAAUCUCAGGCAGAAGCUCAAAAACAGAAACUUCUCAAAGCCUGAGUUUAUAAACAUUUUGAAUGCGUUUCUUGAAAAAAUGAGGGAAAGGAUUGGAAUUGCAGUUGGUGUUAGUUCAUCCGACAAUUGUUACACUAAGGUUCUGAUUGAGAAACUCGGGUUCCUGAUGAGUAAAGACAUUGGAGAGGUGGUUUUAGAUACAUGUAUUGCGUUCGAGGACUGGGAAUUGGUAGAGACUUUUGUUGUGAAUAGGCUUGUUAAACACUCAUCUUAUUCAAAUUUGAUUGUGAAGCUGGUGGGGAAGAAGAGGUCGGAUUUACUUUUGUCUUUGUAUCCAACAAGCAUUUGAUUUUGGUCCUGCUGAUUUACAUUGCCUUUUGAAGUACUUUCUUUGCCCUUCCAAGAAGGCUGAUGCGAGUAUAGCUGACGUGAGAAAGGAAUGGGAGGGCCAAGCAUUGGUAGCCAUUGAGAAGGCAAAGGAGGCUGCAAUUCUGUUCAUGAUAGCACAUGAUGAAUUCUCAGCUCAAGAACUGUGUUUGCAUUAUCUGUUGGCAUCACCUAAUGUUGAUGAAUCCAUUCUUUCUUCUGCUCUCAGUAAGCUGAAUCAUGAAGAGAUGAUUAGUUUGAUUCGGUAUCUGGGAAAAUGGUUAAAGAAAUAUGAGAGAUUUCCUCACGCAGUUACUGUGUUGGGUUUGAAGGCUUGUGAUUGGGUUCCCAAACUUGAUGAUGUGGUCAGAUAUGUAGGACUAAUGCUGGACCAGAACUUCUCUUCGUUGGUAUUGCUUCCAGAUUUUCAGGAGGAGCUGAAAUCCAUGGAGGGUCUGGCUGUUAUUGAAUCACAAUGAGUUCAUGAGUUGCUGGGCAAGUGGUCCACUUGGAUGUUAAAAGAAGGAGACCAUGUAAGACUAUUGGUAACUUUAUCGUUCAAAUUUAAAUUUUUUUAAAAAAAGCAUUUAAUAGCAAAAUGUGUAAAAGAGUGUUUAUAAUUCAAGUUUUUAUUAUAAUAAUGAAAAAUAAUGAGGCAUAAUAUAUAGUUGAAUAAAUCAUAA